AAUAGUACAUCUACAGCAAGCUGUGGACUAAGAAGUUAGGAAAUGAGCUAAAGAGGUUAUUUCUUAUAUAUAUAAAAAAGUUACCUCCAGCUUCAACAUGGUUAAUCUGGGGCUCACCAAAGUGGACGACGCGUUGGUGGCCAAACAUCCGGGUUUGGAAAGCUACGCCGCCUGUCAGUCUCAUGCUUUCAUGAAGGGGUCUGGGACCUUUGUGCUGGGUGUUGCAGGUUUUUUUGCUAUUCAGAAGGCCCUACAGAGGAAGCUUCCUUAUCCCCUUCAGUGGAACCUGCUCAUUUCAAUAGUGGCAUCAUCAGUGGGCAGUUACGCAGUGACUCGCUGGGAAACGCAGAAAUGCUCAGACCUCUGGUUGCUCCUAGAAACAGGCAAAGUCCCAGACAGGUCACCACCUCCAGUACCCCAACAAGAGGAACCAACAGCACCACAGAAGACAAAAUAUGGUGACGUGAUGGAAUGAAGAAGUUUCAAACAAAUUUUAUUAUCUACAAUAUAAAAAUUGUAUAUAAACUACAACAUAAAGAUUAUAAUUAUGUAAAGAGAAAGAGCUCAGUGGUGCUCUGCACAUUUUGCAUGGCCCACAUGAUUGUGUAUUAUAUUUAUUCUGGUUGUGGAGCUCUUAAAUUUCAUAACAGCAUCAAUGUGUGGAUUUUAAAAAAAACAACAAAACCCUGGGUUUUCCUGACUCAGAGGUCAGGAAUUAGUUGUGGGUUUUUAGUAGGAAUUAGAUGUAAUGCUUGUAAUCCGGUGUUGUUGUUAUUAACAGGGUUCGUAUGGGUGCUUGAAAUCCUUGAAAAUGCUUGAAUUUUAAUGUUGUCUUUUCAAGAUUUGAAAAGUGCUUGAAUUUCAGAU